AUGCUGAUUCCUAGCAAAAAUCGAAAAGCCAUCUAUGAGUACCUCUUCAAUGAGGGAGUUGCCGUCGCUAAGAAAGACUUCAACCUCAAACAGCACCCAAAUAUUCCAGGAGUGACCAAUUUGGAGGUUAUCAAGGCUUUAAAGAGUUUGGCUUCUCGUGAGCUUGUCAAAGAGCAGUUCGCGUGGCGUCAUUAUUAUUGGUACCUGACCGAUGAGGGUAUCGCUCAUUUGAGGGAGGUGUUGAAUCUGCCGGCCGAGAUUGUUCCUUCAACUGUUAAGAGCAAGCCAAGAGACAUCCGUGCGCCCACAGACAUCCGAGAACGUAUUCCUCGCGCUGGUUAG